AUGGAUUUAUGGUUUACAGAAACAGAAACAAAAAAUUUAAAUGAAUUUAAUAAAUCCUUUGGAUUGUUACAAUCAAUUGCUUUUAAUUUAGUUAAUAAUUCAAAUAUUUACAAAAAAUUUCAUUUUAAAAUUAUUAAAAUUUGUUCACAAAUGGCAAAAACUGAAAGAGAAACAAGAAGACGUUCUAGUAGUUGUUCAAUGGAAAGUUUCGCACUUCCUCGUCAAUGGAGCUUUCAUUCAUUUUCCAGUACUUAUGCAAAUGAUUCUCAAAGUAAACAAAUUGGCGAAGCUCAAGAAGAAGAAGAAACCCAGCAAUUAGCCUUGAGUGGAUUUUCUUUAUUAGAUAAUUCUGUAAAAGAUUUGCCAGAAGAGGAAAUAUGUUCUAUUAUUGAAUUAAUUGUUGCUGAUGAUCUUGAAAUUGGAGCUAGGUAAAAGAGAAUUAGAG